AAGAAGACAAAUAACCUUUGUAAUCAAUUACUUGAAGAUGUUAAAAUGGUAGGGCAGAUGGUUUCGUAAGUCAGUUAAUGAGACACCUUCGUCGUAUACUGCAAAGCGUAGAAUGUGGUGGACUUUAGUGCUUAUUUUGAUAAACUCCGCGAAAUUUUCGUGGUGUAGUGGCGGAGGCAAUGGAAAGAGAAUCGCCGAACAUCCUCUGCCGAGAUCUCUUCCUGAAUCAAAACUAAACGACUUGGCCCAGAGAACAGAUUACGAUGCUUUCUACAGUGAUACUUUCGUUAAAGGACUCUAUCACGUCCGAUACCCAGGAACACAGGGGCAUCACAAAGUCAAAACGUUUAUAAAGAAAGCAUUUGAAAACCUCAACUGGACGGUCACAUUGGACGAAUUUGAUGCCUCCACUCCUUACAAUACCAAGCGCUUCACCAAUGUGGUGGCCACACUUAACCCCAAUGCAAAAAAAAGGCUUAUCCUAGCUGCACAUUAUGACUCUAAAUACAUGCCGGGCAGAUACUUUCUUGGUGCCACAGAUUCAGCAAUGCCUUGUGCAAUGUUGAUUGAAAUUGCCAGAAUUGUUACCCCUUUCUUCAAAGCACGGGAACAGCAAAAAGGAAAUGUUUCUGCAGAUGAGGAUGAGCAAUCAGAUGCAACAUUGCAAAUGGUGUUCUUUGAUGGUGAAGAAGCAUGGGUCGAUUGGAGUGAUACAGACUCACUUUACGGCUCCCGACAUCUUGCAGAGAUGUGGAGCAAAACAUCUCACCCACCAAAUUCAAAUUCUACAAUGAUAGACACAAUUAAUGCCAUGGUACUCUUAGAUCUGAUUGGUGCAGCUAACCCAGUGUUUUAUAACACUUUUAAAGAAACAAAUGAUUUAUAUGAGAGAUUACAGAUGAUUGAACGUCGCCUACUGAGCACGGGGCAGAGAACAGGGCGUCAACAGCCAUAUUUCAUUCCUGGACUAAUGGACAGAAGAUAUCUUGUAGAAGAUGAUCACAUACCUUUCCUACGAAGAAAUGUUAAAAUACUGCAUUUGAUUUCACUACCAUUCCCACCAUGUUGGCACAAGCGCUGUGAUGCUGACUACAGUAUAGACCACAACGUUGUGAAGGACUUGCUUAAAAUCUUCCAAGUGUUUGUGGUGGAAUAUUUUGGUCUUUCAGUGCUAUAAUGUAAAGAAUGUAAUGUCUGUGUAGCAAAGGUUUUGAUGUGGAGUUCAAUAUUUUAUUUCAUUUUUUUCCUUUCAGGCCAUCCCAUAAAAUGUUCUGUUUUCUACCACCUAACAAACCCAUAUUUCAGAGAGAAGUAAAGAAAAAUAAAAUCCAAACUCACUGAUUAAGUGGCAAAAUUUGAAUAGUUGAGUAUAUUAAUUUUUCAGCCUCACUAUUUUUAAAAGAAGGUGAUCAAGACGUUGUUUUGAGUAUAAAUUAUUUUAACUCCAAUUUCUUACCUGUCUAUCAUGUUGGAACUGGAUUGUGUCUUUUUUUCUUUUUAACAAUUGGUUAGCAACUGGGUUCCUAAAGGUUCUUUUUGAACUUAGGCUCCUCAAUUAAUUCUUUCUUUUCUUUACUUCAAUUUCUUUCUUUCCUUUUUUUUGACGCAACUGACCAACUUUCAUUAAUGAAAUAGAAGGUGAUAGGAAACAGAACACUUUUUGGGAGUGGCGUUAUAAGCAAUCAAAGUAUUCUUGCCAUUGUGUGAAAGCUCUGUUAACAUGAAAAUUAAUAUAAAAGACUCAGAUUUGUUAAACAGCGUUCUUUAUGUCACAUAUUUAUCCUGAUGGAUUUUUGUCGCAGGCUGACAUUUCUCUGCAGAGAAAUUUCUAACCCCUUUUGAGAUUUAACAAUCUGACUCAAAUUAUGAUUUAACUAAAACAAUAUCAAUUAAAUAAUUAUGAUAAUAAUUUAAUAAGAAAUAUUGAUUUUUUAUUUAGGCCAAUUAUAAAAAAUGGGAAUCAGUUGGGGGGGGGGGUUUAAACAUUGAGCAGUUUAAUUUCUCAACCUUUCAAUUCCAAGAUCUGAGCAUUUUUUCUCUUAUCUUAUGUUACAACCCGUCUUGUUGUCAAGGUCUCAAUAUUAAAAGGAAUGGCGAAGUCAGUUAAAAUCAGAAUGUGUGUGCUCUGAUAAUGAACUAAAACUCAAAACAUUGGCCACAGAAACUCUUCAGGUUGGCCAAUUUACACUAUCAACACUUGUUAAAACAAAAUUAUCUUGUUUUACCAAAGCAGCACCACAGUUUCUUUAGAAAUUUACGGAAUUAAUUCAUCUCUUUUAGAGAAUGUUAACUUAAAAAAAAAUUACUAAAAGUGAAAAUGAACCCAACUGAGAGAUUACUGUAAAAAUUACAUGACUGUGUGCUCAUUUUCUUUUAAAAAAAUGAGAAAAAGCUUUGCAAGAAAAAUAUUGAAUGUUGGCAAAAAUUUAAUACGAAAGUAAAACAAUUGAUUAUCUGGAUAUGAAUCAAGUUACAGGAACUAAUGACAGAAACAGUAUUGACUUGAUUUAUCACCUGUUGUGACAAACGUUGAACAUCUAUACUUUUUGUUCAAAUCAUUUUUUAUCAAUUUUCAGAAAUUAUAAGGUUGAGUUAAAAACAGAAACAGAGAAAUUUAUCUUUAACAUUAUUGUUAUUAUUAAUUGAUUGGAAUAUUGUGAAUUCUUUUUAUUGCACAAUUCUUAAAGUAGAGAAAAUGUUAAGUUUAUAUGUGAUAAAAAUUUUAUUAUCAAUCCAAGAGCACUUUUUCCUCAAAUUUAGUGACUGUUAGUGUAAUAUCAAAAUUACAUUAAGCACUUGGGGGAAAAACCUCAAACUAAGAAUAUUGAAUUCACUUUACAAUUAAGUGGUAAACUGUUGUUCACUUUCAAAAUUUGAGAACAGUUUAAUUCAAAAGCAAUCGCAAUAAAAGGCUUUUUUCACAA